GCGCAAAUAAGUCUCCUAACCCCCAAAAUCCAAUUUAGGGUUUAUCGAUAUUAAAGAGCAUUCAACAUCAUGAUUCGAUCUUCUUCACGUUUUUUGUACAAAUUACGCACUCAGUGUAGAUCCUCUUCGUCUGUUCCCUUAUGCCGAACACCGCUCUCGUCACCGAUCACUGGCACCGCCGUUCGGCGGUUCACAGCCGAUGUGGCGACAGGAAAUAAAAGAGAAACUGGAAAUUUCAGCUCUUUAGUUUCUCUGAGGUCAAGGUUUCAAGUGUCUAAGAUUAAUGGAGGUAGCAACGCGAGUGUUUCUGAUUCGAGAUCGUUUGCAUCAAGAGCUUCACGAUCAACAAGUGAGAAAGCCUCAGAGAGCAGGAAAGAUGUAACAACAGUUGAAGAUCCAUUUGAUGCUCCCACUUACAAUAUACCAGAGAAGCCAAUGACAUUUACAGAGGGAGCUUCAUAUAGUGUUGUUAUCUUGGUAGGGCUUGGAAUAGCUGCUGCAGCAGGAUAUGGUGUUUUCAAAGAACUUAUAUUUGAACCAAAAGAGUACAAAGUUUUUAACAAGGCUCUGCGCAGGAUUCAAGAUGACAGUCAGGUUAGAGUGAGAAUUGGCUCACCGAUUACCGGAUAUGGUCAGGAAAGUAGAAACCGAGCAGCUCGCCAACGAAUCCCUAAUAGAGUUUGGAAGGAUGAAGAUGGUGUUGAGCAUGUUGAGGUUAAUUUUUAUAUCCGGGGCCCACAUGGAGCUGGGAAGGUUUUCACGGAGAUGUUUAAAGACAAAGAGGACAAGCAGUGGAAGUUCAUAUCUAUAAGGCAAAUGGAUUUUGCUAAUAUGCAAACACAACUUGAUGAACUCAUAUAAAGCCCAAGACAAGCUCCUUGUGUGUUUCCAUGACUUUUGUUCUCAAUAGAUCUUUGUUACAACUUCAUCCCCUUUUUUCCUCCAUAGUGAAAUGGUGGUUUAGUCACUAAUUCAUAUAGUAGGAUGAAUAAACUUGUUUGAUUAUUUGUGAAAGUAAGCCAUGAAAUUUUGAAGGGAUGUGAUCAUUUGCCCAAAAUCAAAUACCUUGUUUUUCCAAUUCGAUUUGAG